AAACACAAACCUAUCCAAAUCAGGCGCCGCACCACCGCUCAACACCGCCUCAGCACCGGAGCAACACGAAAAGUCGACCACUACUCUCAAGUCGGGCGAUUAGCAGCUGUAUACACUCCCACGUCUCCUAUUAGCAGCACUCUACUAUCUACUCUCUUGAUUUAGAAACUCUUUAAAAGGACUUCUAUUCGAAUGGACGUCAACCGAUGAACAGUCCUUCCAUAUAUUAUAUACUUCAAAUUGAGCAAAGUAAAUCACGAACCAAGUCCUCUCGAACGCACCUAGUUCGAUCCCGGCUCCCAACUUCACCCUCUCAAUCGAUCUCCUUCCGUUUAUAUUCUCUCAGCGUCUGUGAAAUUUCUUAACAAAGUUGAAGCCAGUAGGCUCUAGAAAGCUCGGAGUUGAGGGAAAUGGCGGCCACACCCAUGUUGCCACCGAAUCUAGCCCCUGGGAAUGCUAAUUUCGACGGAAAUGCUGCAGCGGCUCCACCAACGCCAGGGACAGACAUGACCGGAAUAUGCUUUAGGGAUCAAUUGUGGUUGAACACUUACCCACUGGAUCGCAAUCUCGUCUUUGAUUACUUUGCACUUUCGCCUUUCUAUGAUUACACAUGCAACAAUGAACAACUCAGGAUGCGCUCAAUUCAUCCCCUAGACAUCUCCCAUCUAUCUAAAAUGACAGGAAUAGAGUUUAUGGUGAGCGAAGUUAUGGAGCCCCACCUUUUUGUGAUGCGUAAGCAGAAGAGGGAUGGUCCCGAGAAAGUCACUCCAAUGCUUACAUACUACGUGCUAGAUGGUUCAAUAUACCAAGGGCCGCAGCUUUGCAAUGUCUUUGCAGCUCGGGUUGGCCGAGCUUUGUAUCAUAUAUCAAAGGCAUUUACCACUGCAGCCUCAAAGUUGGAGAAGAUUGGGUAUGUGGACUCGGAGAAUGAGGGUGUGUCCCUUGAACCAAAGGCUGCUAAGGAGAGUAUUGACUUUAAGGAAGUUAAGCGGGUAGAUCACAUUCUUGCCUCUUUGCAACGCAAGCUUCCACCUGCACCUCAACCACCACCAUUCCCAGAGGGUUAUGCACCACCAACCACCACCGAAGGAGAGCAGGCCCCUGAAGCGGAGCAAGCAGACCCCAAACUUCCUCUCGUUGACCCGAUCCUUGACCAAGGUCCAUCCAAGAGACUGAAAUAUACUUGAUCUUAUAUCAGAUGUUUCAGCAAAGGUGUCCACCUCCUUACCAAGGGUAAAGCAAUAAGAAAACACAUGCAUCGGAUGUUCAACAUAGGAUGGUGACUUCAAACCGCAACUUUGUGCAUACGAGGUUUAUGGUAUCAAUUUAUGUCCACUUUCGGUUUUUCUUUUACGUUCAAAUUGUGUUCGAUGUGUAACGUCUGGUCUGGUAUUGGUUGUGGUUAUAGAUUAUGAGCUUUUUGUGGGUAAUUAGUAGGUGGGCUGGUAAAUGAUAUUUCAAUAUAGAUUUGGUUAAUUUGAAUGUUAUUUUUUUUAUUGAAUUGUUUUUGGGAUACUGUAAUUUUCCUCUCUA